AUGAAUGAAACAUUCAUGGUCCAUACCGGAAUAAAUCAUGAAAAUGGUUUAUCAACAGAUAAAAUACAGCUUCAAUUAAAAACAACAUUAAAUGACGAACAAUCUUCAACGAAUCAAACACCAUCAUUACAACUUGUUAUAUUACCAAAAAAUCAAGAUGAUAUUGUGUUUCCGAAUGUAAUUGAUCUUAAUGUUGGUGGUUUUCACUAUACAACAAGUCUAUCAACAUUACGAAAAUAUGAAGAUUCAAUGUUAGCAGUUAUGUUUAGUGGUAGAUAUGAACUUGUUCGAGAUAAAGCUGGUCAUAUAUUUAUUGAUCGUGACGGACGUCACUUUGGUCAUAUUUUAAAUUAUAUUCGUUGUGAUCAAAUGCCACCUGAAUCAGUAACAUUAGAUGUAUUACGUGAAGCCGAAUUUUUUUGUAUUAGUUCAUUAAUAACUAAACUUGAAAGUUCAAGUCCAUGUGUUAUUGCAUUACGUCGACGAGAAUCAUUUCGUCGUCUUAUACCUGAUUAUGAACAUAUGAAAAUGGAUAUUAUUAAUAAAUCAGCAGAAAAACAUUCAUCAUUUCAAGAAUCUCGUGUUGUUAUAACACAACUUGAUCAUACAAAAUUAAAAGGAACAAUACCUUGUUAUAAUUGUAGUCGAGAAUUUGUAACAGUCAAUCAUGCUUGUGCUUUUGAUGGUCUCACAGCUGAUAUACAAAUUCAACAACAAUUAAAACCUAUUCAAUCAGAUAUUCAUAUUGAUAUGGACAAACUUGUUGCCUUUGUUGUUGACGAAUUAGUUCAUGAUGGUUUUAAUGCUUCAAGUGAACGUGUAACAUGUCGUUUUAGUGUUCGAUGUCAAAGUUGUACUCUUAGUGGUUUAUAUACAGCUGGUGGAAUUUUAGCACCACGAGAAUGUCAUAAUAUUGCUCAUGUCAUUAAAUUUAUCUGGUCAUAA